GCAACCACAGUUUUCUGAAAAUGUAGCGGCCCACUUCCUCCAAAACACACAGUCGGACCUCUGCUGGUGAUCUUUUAACAUUACACUAAAUUCAGAAUGACACUGUAUGAUCCUACAGACAGAAGAAUCCAAAAUGGACUCCCUGUCCAUUCAUUUAAAAACUUUUUGGAUAUUUUUUGUUCACUGAUUGUGCAGGCACAUAAGCAUAAGACCGAAUGGUAAUUGUUAUUUAGAGGAUACAUUCUUGGAAGUAGUUAGAUUUCAGUUUCCUCUGUGGUCAUUGACCCUUUGGAUAUCCAGUGUCAAUGACAUGAUGGCUCACACACACUGUUCCUCUUUUUAGAGUUUUGAAACUAUUAUUGUCCAAUGUAUAAAACAUAUUUCAACAGUGUUUACAAGUUGCUGAAGACUGUAUUAACUCUCUCACUUUAUAAAAUCUACCAAAGGAAACAAGUGUCACACCGUGGUGGGGUUGUCUUGUCUUGGGUCUUUUUUGUCUUGUCAUUUCCUGUUUUAUUUUGAAAGAAGUAACUCUCCUCUCGUUUCAGGUCACUUGCCCUUCCUCAUGUGUCACCGGUCUGAUUGUCUUCCCUGAUUCCCGAUUGUGUUCACCUGCUCCUCAUUACCCUCAUGUGUUCAAAUAGUCUGCGUCUCCCCUUGUCUUGUGCCAGUGUGUUCGUCUUGGUUCAUGUGCGUUCACCCCAGCCGUCUUCACAGUUUUGGAUCACAGUCAUUGCCGCAGUUCUUGUCGGUUUCCUCCAAGUGAGAGAUUUUUUGUUUAAUAUGACGAUGUGGAGCCUUCAAACCCUGCUGUUCAUCCUCUGCAUAGCUCUGAGCUGUGUGAGCGGUGCAGCACCACUGAUCCAUGUGUCUGGAUAUGAAGGGAGAGAUGUUAAUGUUUCCUGCCCCUAUGCAGGGGGUUACGAGUCUUAUGAGAAAUACCUGUGCAGGAAUGACUGUGGCAAUAAUGAUGUUCUUAUUAUGACUACACAAGCAAACAAGAACAAAUACUCCAUCUCUGAUGACAUAAACAAACGAGUCCUCACAACCACCAUCUUUGAUCUGAGCUCUGUGGAUGCUGGGAAAUACUGGUGUGGGGUGACUAGAUUUUUAAAGGAUUUCUUACCUGCUGAAGUAAGACUGGACGUAGUGCCAGACAGCUGCUGUGAUCAGUUCACUGAAAUCCACAGUCAUGAGGAAGGUUCAGUGUCCAUCCCUUGUCCAUAUGACUCUAAGUACCAGAACAACCUGAAGUACAUCUGCAGAGGAAGGCAGCCCUCCAUAUGUCUGCAGACGGCAGUGGUCACCUCUAACAGAAAACUGAAUGGAAAGUUCACACUUACUGGUGACGAGGAGUCUGGGAAAUUCACAGUGACCAUCACCAAUUUGGCCCAAAAGGAUUCUGGGUGGUUCCUUUGUGGUGUCGAGAGAAACAAUGGCCUGGGUGUUUUCUCUGCUGUUAAGCUGGAAGUCAAAGUUUCUCCACAGAACACGAGCGCUGCGAUCUCUAUCAUCACCACAGAGCCUGUCACAUCACAAUCAACAUAUAUCUCAACAAAUCCUAUCGAAGUGACUUCACUCUUACACCCCGUGGUUUUCAUUGUGCCCACUGUACUGCUGCUCAUAUUGAUACUUGCCCUUGUCCUACUUUGUAAAUACAAAUGCUACAAAGUAAAAGGAGCUGGAGUCAUCGUGAACCAAAACGUAAUCAAGCAGGCAGACGUAGAGGAAGUGAUCGGUGAAGAUAUUUAUGCAAAUGAGGAAGUCAUGGUGUGCUCAAAGGUAUCGACCUCCAAACAGCAGAGCAACUAUCGCCACUAUGAUGACACAGAAGACCAAGAAGAAUCUGUGUAUCAAAACUGCGCCACAACAGAUGACAUCUACUGUAAUGAAUUUCUCAGUAAAGGCAAUAAGAGAUAAAAGAUAACCUUGCAGUGUUGUGCUGCAUUUGUACACAAGUUACCCUGUUUGUUUUUCUUUAACAUUAACAACUUUCCAACAUAUAGUCACACUGCCUUCUGACAGCUUAUAUAUCCAGAUUGUUUUUUUUAAUUACCAUAAGACAUAUUCAGAACCUGCAUAUUAGUUGCUUUCAUUGAUUUGACACUUUUGCUUUCCCCAUUACUCUCAUCCUGAUUGCUGACUGUUAGCAUAUCAAAUAGUUUAACAUACCUGCACUACUUGUAAGAAAUUGAGAAUGGCAAUUUCAGCUAAAUACCCCAAAUAUAAGUUACCUACUUGUAUGGGCCUUUGGUAAAAGUGAAUAAAUAAACAAAACCA